AUUGUAAUAAAUGAUUGUGUCAUCAGAGUGCAGUUCUGUUUCCACGCCCAUACAGGAAGUCGGUGCAUUACGUCACUACCUGGUACAUCCGCCUGGUUGGGGUUAAGCGUUUGACAUGUUACAAUAAAACAGUGAUUAAUCCGCGGAUUGACGUCAUGAGGACCUGCUGAAAACCGAGGUAGCUGAAAUGCUGACAUGCUGUCUGACGUCGGGUUUGAGAAGUAUUUCCGGUCACGUGACGCCAGUGCUGCCGCUCCUCCGUGUAAAGCAGGAUCUUAUUCACACAGACACAGUGUGAGGAGUGACUGAGGAUACAGGAAGUGGAAGGGUUUCUUUCUGGAGGUAAACGCGGAUGACAGUUCUCCUACCCUACAAGGAAGCCAUGAAAAGCUGUGAAUAUCAACAGAUAGAUCCUCAUGCACUGUCUACACCAGCACCUGGACACACACCGGCUCCUCCGCGUCCUUGCCAGGAGAAGCAGCAGCAGCAGCAGCAGCCCAGGCGGCUCAAGAGGAAAUGGGAAGUGUUUCCGGGAAAGAAUCGCUUUUACUGUGAUGGUCGGAUCAUGGUGGCACGUCAGAGUGGUGUUCUUCCUCUCACCAUGGGGCUCAUCCUCGUCACCAGCGGCUUGUUUUUCGUGUUUGAUUGUCCUUUCCUGGUCAAACACCUGACCGGCUGCAUCCCGGUGAUCGGAGCAGUCCUUUUCGUGUUUGUGGUCAUCUCUCUUCUUCAGACCAGCUUCACGGACCCUGGCAUUCUUCCUAGGGCAACACCUGAGGAGGCAGCCGACAUCGAGAAACAGAUUGAUAACCCCAACGGUUGUACCUCAUCCUAUCGCCCCCCUCCUCGCACCAAGGAGGUCGUUAUCAACCAGCAGGUCGUUAAGCUAAAGUACUGCUUCACCUGCAAGAUCUUCCGGCCGCCGCGCACCUCCCACUGCAGCUUAUGUGACAACUGUGUGGAGAGGUUUGACCACCAUUGCCCCUGGGUAGGAAACUGCGUAGGAAAGCGCAACUAUCGCUUCUUCUACAUGUUCAUCGUCUCGCUGUCCUUUCUUACCGCCUUCAUCUUCGGCUGUGUGACCACGCACCUGGCUCUGAGGUCACAAGGAGGAAACGGGUUGGUUUUUGCACUCCAAGCAAGUCCUGCCAGUGCAAUAGAGCUAGUGGUUUGCUUCUUUUCAGUUUGGUCUAUUUUAGGCCUCUCAGGUUUCCAUACGUACCUGGUUGCUGCUAAUCUCACCACAAACGAGGAUAUUAAAGGUUCCUGGUCAGGGAAAAGUGGGAACGAUGAAACUGGGAAUCCUUACAGUUAUAACAACAUUUUUAAAAACUGUUGCUCAGUGCUCUGUGGGCCCAUGCCUCCCAGUUUGAUAGAUAGAAGAGGCUUUGUGUCGUUGGAGGACGUUGUCCACGCUGGUCCCACAGAGAUUGGGUUUCCUGCUGCAAAAAAUGACAUCAACAUGGUAGGACGUGUGUCUGUAACGGGUCAUGCUCCUCUCCCCAUUUCUUCUACCCUAACCUUUCAGCAGUCUCCCCUUCACAUUCAGAGCCACUCUACAGCCUGAGUGAUCACAUGCCUACCCCAAACCAAGCAUCUCCACCUUCCCUGGAUGAACCAUAGGAGUGGACUUUUUCUUUAGUAUGUUGCCUUUUGGCAUGUGAAACACUGCUCCUGUUAAAUAUUCAUAUCAAAGCCUCUGCCACUGCUCAAAGGGAUGAGCUUGGACACAAGGUUCAUAUUGGUUGUACUCACCUCCAUUUUAAUUUCAGGAACUAUCAGUAAAUUCAGCUGUUGAGCUUGCUUGACUCGACGUCAUGUGACUCCAUAUCAGUGCAUGUACUUCAGAACUCUGAAAUGCAUUUUCUUAAUGGAAAGAGGAAACGAAACCUGUCACUGUUUGCAAUGUUAUGUAAAAUCUCUGGCACUGAACUUGUGAUCCGACUGCUUAUUAUAGGUUGGGUUGCGUCGAUUACUGUAAAGGAAGUACUGUAGGGGCAGUACAGCUGUCAUUGUAUCUGAGACCAUGGUAUUGCACAAAAGUGGAAAUAAAAAAAAAAGAGCUAGUAGACUGUUUUUAAUCAGUAGAUUUUUUAUUGGAACAUUUGUUUACAUCUUAGCUCAGGGUUUUUUGUACAUUUUGUGAAGUUUGUGGUUGGCUGUUUCACUAGAUGCUGCUUCUUCUUUGGGUUUGUCAGUCACUGUCAAUAUUAACGGUAGUGCAGUAUUAUCCGAUGCAUUGGCGCACAAAACUCACACUGUUUACAAUUUAGGAGCAUCAGUAGUCAGUAAUCCUGUAACUUUUUUUUUUCCACAAACUGGUCCUUUUUUAAACCUCAGAACUAGUGCACUAUUGAAAUCCUGCCCUGCCAACAAGUCAAGCUGUCUGCUGUCUGCAUAAAUGGCUUAUUUUCUUCGUUUGCACUUGUUUUUUUUUCUUCCUAACACAGAACAGGAGUAGCCAUGUUAAUGUUAAUGUUAAUGCUAAUGCUAAUAGGAAUCAGAAUUGGCUUCCUGUUUACAAUUUGAUCAAGCGCUUACGAGUGGAGCCUAAGAGAUGCGCUUUGCUGUUGAUGUUACUGGAAUCCACCUAGAUGCCUUAUGUCAUAUGAUUGUGCUAGAAAGAGAAAACCUGUUUAUAUGAAGCCAUUUGCAUAUGGAGAACAUGCAGUACUAUUUUUGGGAGAAUGAUACUAUGUGAUUUGUUGCAAAACAAAGGAUAUCCAGCAUGUUUGUAAAAUAUUUUAUACGUCUUUCUAUUUAUCUAAUGCGUCAUGCUGUCAAUUUGUGUGUCUAUUUUUUUAAAUCUAUAUUUUCCAGAUGUGAAAUAAACUUGUUUUUUGAAAAACAUA